CAAAUACUCUUAUGAUCGAACAUUUCUCACUAAAUACUGAUUCAAGCCCUCUUUUUUACUAUUCCCUUUUUUUAGUUGCCUAGUGUAAAAGUUAGUACGUUUUUGGAUCAAUGGCUGAAACUCAUAUACAAGUAGCGGACGUCCCAGAGGAGGAAUCACAUUCACGGCAGCUGCAAGACCAGACUCCCCUGCUCAAGGUAGAACAAACUCACCAAUCCCAAAAUCAAGAAACUACGGAAGAAGAUCAAGAGGCCUACACUCCUCUUGACAAGACCCUUAAAACAUUAGACUCGUUCCUUACUCUUCUGGGCUUCAAACAAAAUUCAAUCUUGAGUGUCGGGCUGUCUUGGAUGGUUUUCCUUCUCAUUGGUUUUUUCCUUCCGGUGGUUAUUCUUCAACUUUCCAAUUGUCCCGGUUGUGAGAAGGGCCAAAUUAAAAGUUUUGAGCUGGAUAUUGUGGCUUCUCAGGCUAGUUUGGCAGCUGCCUCUCUUAUUUGUGUGUCCCACAAUUUGCGCAAGUAUGGCAUUAGGAAGUUUCUAUUUGUUGAUAGGUAUACUGGUCAUGUGGAGAGGUUCAGUGACCAAUAUAUUCAGAAGAUCUCUGAAUCUGUCCGGUUGCUGGUGUUAUGGGUACUGCCAUGUUUCAUUCUUAAGACUGCUCGUGAAGUCAUCCGCAUGUUAUACGUGCAUCAUGAAUUAUGGUGGCAAACUGUCGUUAUUUUACUAGCAUUUGUUUUAUCCUCAACCUAUGUGACUAUAAUCUUUCUAUCCUCCUGCAUAUUGUUCUAUCUGGUCUGCAAUUUACAGAUUAUACACUUCGAUGACUAUGGGAAGCUCUUGGAAAGGCAAUCUGAUGUUUUAAUAUUAAUAAAAGAGCAUAUUCGUCUGCGGCAUUAUCUAUCAAAAAUAAGCCACAGAUUUAGAAUCUAUCUUAUUCUGGUGUUCUUGAUUGUCACUGUAAGCCAGUUUGUGACUCUAUUCCAAACUACUGGGUAUACUGGAAUCAUCUCAUUCAUUAAUGGAGGUGAUUUUGCUGUCUCUUCCAUCGUCCAAGUAGCUGGAAUAACUCUUUGCUUGAACGCAGCUGCAAAAAUAUCCCACAGAGCCCAAGGAAUUGGAUCGCUAGCUAGUCAGUGGCAUGCUUUAAGGACAUGCACUCCUACUGAUGCAUCUCAAUUCAGGAUUGCUAGCAGCACUGGAAGCCUGGAGGUGGAUCAUAUGAUAGGUUCUCUCUACACAAGCUACUCAGAAAGUGAUUUGGAGUCUUUGGAAUUUGUCCCGACCAGUCAAAGUACACCACUCUCUUCUUAUGCAUCUUCAUACCACAAGAGGCAAGCCCUAGUGACAUAUUUGCAGUCCAACCCCGGGGGAAUUACGGUUUUUGGAUGGACGGUUGAUAGGGGACUGAUCAACACCAUUUUCUUCAUUCAACUGUCGCUCGUGCUCUUUGUGCUUGGAAAGACCGUAGUUUUCACUUCACAGUAAUCAUCACCUGCCACGGCAAAGUGGCACAUCAAAAUCGUAAUUGCGAUCCAAAGUCGUCGGCCACCGUCCCUGGGGCAGCACCUAUGUCACGUUUUGCUACAGGCAUGCAAAGAGCAUCGCAGGGUGCCCAUCACACAAAGGAAAUUUGCAAUU